UUUCAGGACGGAGGAACCGUGCCGUUAUGUCGACAGGCUGCGGGCUGUAACACUUUGUCCUGCACGUUAAAAAGCGGAUUUAAACCCAAGUUGAGGAUUUUUCUUUCUUUUUUUUUUAAUUGCUAAAAGAUGCGUUCAGGGUUAGGGGUUAAUAAAAGUACCCAAAACGGGGAGGUUUACGCAGUGGACGCGUAAAGGACGGGUUGGAGUGGCCCCGUGGAUCCGUGCAGACUCGGUCCGGAUAGCAUUCUCAAGAUUGCAGCUGCAGGCCAUUUACUGAUGGGUGCAUACUGUGAGGCAACACACCGGGAGAACCGCAAAUCAUUCGGAAGAGACAGGAACUGUGAAAGAAUGAAGACAAGCUAGAUAGUGUGGUCUCCCAAGAACUGCACAAAGUUUUUCUUGGAAGUAUACAAAAACAACAAUUUGAUCUGGCAAAUGUGUAACUGCACUGAAAACACAGUCAUACAAAAACCUGAAAAGUAACUUUGCUUAUUGAAUCUUCAAAAGAGCACCUUGACACAUAGUGAUCAAUAUGAGUGCCGAAGGAUAUCAGUACAGAGCGCUUUAUGACUACAAGAAGGAGAGGGAGGAGGACAUCAGUCUGCAUGUGGGGGAUAUACUGUUGGUAAGCAAAGGGGCGCUGGUGGCUCUUGGGUACACCGAUGGCCUGGAACAGAGGCCAGAUGAGAUUGGCUGGCUACCAGGCUUCAACGAGACCACACAGGAAAAAGGGGAUUUCCCUGGGACGUAUGUCGAGUUCAUUGGAAAGAAGAGGAUCUCCCCCCCAACUCCCAAGCCAAGGCCCCUCAGACCCUUACCUACAGCUCCAGGUGGCUUCAGGGCGGAGGGGGCCGACUCGGACUCAGAGCAAGGCUUCUGUCUGCUGGACUUGACGGAGCAGUUUUCCCUCCCAGAGACCAGCCCACCCAUGCUGGCCAGACUGCUGGAAGCUAUUGAGAGGAAAGGUCUGGAUAACCCCACUUUAUAUCGAACAUUUACUGCUGGUGGUGGACUUGAAGUCAGACAGUAUUUUGAAUGUGACCCUCCCUCACCAGACCUGGAUCAGGUGGAACUCCCCAUCCUGUGUGAUGGUCUGCGUAGGUACCUGCAGGAUCUUCCCCAGCCCGUCAUCCCCACUGCAGUAUAUACUCAGCUGGUCCACACUGCCAAAGAGGUGGUGAGUCCUGAGGAAUGUGCCCAGCUACUACGUCGCAUCGGUAGCACCCCGAGCCUGCCGCCCCAAUACUGGCUGACCCUCCACUGUCUGCUGAGGCAUUUCUCUCGAGUGUGCCAAAACAGCUCCAAGAACCUGCUCAGCGCCAGAGCCCUGGGCGAGAUCUUCAGCCCGGUUCUUUUCAGACAGCAGGCCACCAGUUGUGAACCCAGCUUGGAUGCUCACAUCAAGAUCAUUGAGGUUCUGGUGACGAGUGAAUGGAGUGAAAGUCAGGCAGCUCCAGCUCUACCUCCAAAGCCACCCAAGCCCACCACACCUGUGACUAACAACGGUAUGAACAACAACAUGGCGCUACAAGACGCCGAAUGGUACUGGGGAGACAUCUCAAGGGAGGAGGUCAACGAGAAGCUGAGGGACACCGCGGACGGUACUUUUUUGGUGCGCGACGCCUCUACAAAGAUGCACGGAGACUACACUCUGACUCUGAGGAAAGGAGGAAACAACAAGCUCAUUAAGAUAUUCCAUCGGGAUGGGAAAUACGGCUUCUCAGACCCACUGACCUUCAGCUCAGUUGUUGAGCUCAUCAACCACUAUCGCAAUGAGUCACUGGCUCAGUACAACCCCAAGCUAGACGUCAAGCUGCUGUAUCCAGUCUCCAAACACCAGCAGGAUCAGGUGGUGAAAGAAGACAACAUAGAAGCUGUGGGGAGGAAGCUCUGCGAGUACCACCAGCAGUUCCAGGAGAAGAACAAAGAGUACGACCGUCUGUAUGAGGAGUACACCAGAACAUCACAAGAAAUCCAAAUGAAAAGGACGGCCAUCGAGGCUUUUAACGAAACCAUAAAGAUAUUUGAGGAGCAAUGCCAAACACAAGAGCGGUACAGCAAGGAGUAUAUCGAGAAGUUCAGGAGAGAAGGCAACGACAAGGAGAUCCAGAGGAUUAUGGGCAACUACGAGAAGUUGAAGUCCCGGAUUAGUGAAAUCGUAGACAGCAAACGCAGACUGGAGGAAGAUCUGAAGAAACAGGCCGCCGACUACAGAGAGAUCGACAAGAGGAUGAACAGCAUCAAGCCCGACCUCAUCCAGCUCCGCAAGACCAGAGACCAGUAUCUCAUGUGGUUGACCCAGAAGGGAGUCAGACAGAAGAAGCUCAACGAGUGGCUCGGAAUCAAGAACGAGAACACAGAAGAUCAAUAUUCUAUGGUGGACGAUGAUGAAGACCUUCCUCAUCACGACGAGCGGUCCUGGAAACUGGGCAACAUCAAUCGACUUCAGGCGGAGGCUCUCCUCCAGGGCAAGAGAGACGGAACAUUCCUGGUUCGAGACAGCAGCAAAGCCGGAUGCUACGCCUGCAGCGUUGUUGUGGACGGUGAGGUGAAGCACUGCGUCAUCAAUAAGACCCCCUCAGGUUUUGGCUUCGCCGAGCCGUACAACCUGUACAGCUCACUGAAAGAACUCGUACUUCACUACCAGCACACGUCUUUGGUCCAGCACAAUGACUCUCUGAAUGUGACGCUAGCGUACCCGGUGUACACCCAGCAGAGACGGUGAGGACCCCGGAUGUUUCUAAAUGGACACAAGGAAAAAAAGGCCUCAUGAUGAGUUGGAGACACAUGUCCUUGGACUCCAUGAUUAAUGACAAAAGGGGGCUGUUUGCCUAACUCAGACUUGAAAAUCGGAGGAAAAGACGCAAUAAAGCCUGAAACAUUUCAGUGACUUUGCCCCGACCACGAGCCCGAGGCGAGUCUGAAUGUAGAUUUAUUUCUCUCUUGCUUUUUCUUGGAGCACAGAAACAAGCGGAAACUGCUGAACUCUUGCCGCAGUGGAGGACAUUUGAGGCCUUUUCCCUAACGGUGCUUGUUCUUUUUCAAAGCUUUACCAGCCGGGAAUGUCUAAUCGCGACAGAUAAACUCUUCAAAUGGAACUGUACUCACCGGCCACAACGUUGUUUUUUGUUUUUUUUCACUUUUCGUUUAUUUCCCAUCUUUGUGUUUGUGUGUCUGUGUUUCUGCACAAGUGUUUCUGUGUGUGUGGCUGUGAGUGUUUGUGUUUGUGUGUGAGCGAGUGUGUGUGUGAGUGUGUGUGUGAUUGUCCAUGUGACCAAAACUCAUAGAAUCAGGAAAAUGUGUGAUGUCGGGGCAGGCUGUGUAACACAUUUGCUUGUGUUAACCGUUCAGUAGCAGACCAUGGAUCAGCUGAUAAAUGUAGCAAAAUGGCACUUUUUAAACAAAGUUUUAAUUUUUUUGAGAAGAAAAAAGAGACUCCUAUGGACUUUUAUGAGAAGAGCAGAGAGGACGAGACUUCCGCAUCCUGCCUUCAAACUGUUGAGCAUUAUAGUGCAGACGCAAACUUGAUCUUUACUGUGGGCAGGUGAAACUAUGAAUGGACUUACUAUUACAUGUACAUAUGUGAAAAUGUGCAAAGUCAUGAAUCAAAGUGCACCAUACCAAAAAGGAUCGGUUCCUGUUUAGUUGUAUUCUGAUCUGCUAUGCAAUUCUUUCUUCAUUAUUUCUUCAGAAUUGUGUUUCAUUCUGUCGCAAACCAACAAUAUAAGCUUGUUUUACUGCUUGAAAAGUAUCUUUUCCUGUGUAAAUAUCCAAAAGGAUAUUUUGAGUCAAAAUGCCAAGAUACAGUAAUAAAAAAAACUGCUUAUGAUUUUCAAAAGAUAAUAAUAACAACAUACACUUUAUUAUAGAUUACUUUAACGACUGGUAUAAAGAUGGAAAAGAUGAGUAUUUUAUUAGUCUUUUUGUUUUUUUGCUUCAAACUAAUGUUCUUCUCAGGCAGAGCCUUUUUGAGUAUUUGAGCUGCUUCAGUCACAAGUACUAUUUCUUACAGAGCUAAAUGCAGUUCUUUGUUGAGACGGACAAAGAAAGCACUCAGAGGUCGAGAUAAUGGGAGUGUACAACCCAUAUCUAACCACCACAGCGAAAACGACAGGUAUAGAUUUAUUUUGUUAUAAAAUAUAUAUGUUCCCACACGAGAAUAUAUCAAAGCAGACCGGUGUUUUCAACUGAUGGAUACUGUAAUUAAAAAGAUCGCUUAUACAUCGUCCACUUAGUAUUUUUCUGUAUCAGAAAAUCACUGUGUUUACAUGGGUGGAUCGGCUCAUUUCAGAUAGUCUUUAAUUUCAUAUUUCAAAACGAGGACAACAUGCGCCAGUGGAAUCCUUGACAGAAAGAAUUUAGCAGCAGCUCAACUUUCUUUUUCUUUUGUUUCCCACAACUUUCUCCAAGCUUUUAAAAGUCCAAGUGACCGGUACGUGUUUAAACCCAUUGGUGAUAAUAAUUGAAAAAUAUUUUAAAUGAAGCCACCAGAACUACCAAUGUUUCAUUCUUAUUGAGUCUAACCGAUGUGAAAACUUAAAAUCACUCAAAUGACAAAGUGUCUGCCAUUAAUAAUAAUAAUAUAUAUUUUGCGAUCAUAGAUCAGCCUGCCAACCUAUUAUUUAGAUUUAUUUUUAUCCCCACCCUAAAAUGUAAUCAUGCUCAGCACAGCUGUCCAGUUAAACUGUUAAAUAUAUCUUUGUGUAACAAAUUAGUUGUAAAAACAAAACAAAAAAAAACCUCAAACAUUAACCUAAUAAUGUAAUAUUCAUUAUUUCUUUUCAAAUUUGACUCUUAAUUCUCUUCAUUUUUGGCAAAACUUCUAUUCGUGGUGAAAGGAAACCAAACAGCAAAAUGUUGUGUAACUUCCUCUCAAAAGAAAUGUAGACAAUAAAUGAUGCAUUUCUAGACAUGAAGAAAUUUGUCAGCAUGGAUACAUUUGAUAAUUUUUAGUUUUGUGCAUAUUAUUCCCCACUCAUGGCAGAAAUGUACAGCUUGAACAAGCUACUAAAAUGUUUUUUUUUUAGAUGUAUUUGAACAGAUUACUCAUCCAAGAUUGGUUCUUCCAAAGCCGUUGUCAUGGAUGCUACAUCUGUCAUAUAUGACAUUUAUUUUACUAGAAGACUUUAUUUACCUCCCCAACAACUUUUUGUUCCUUAUUGUCAGAAAUAUUUUCUUUUAUUUUUUAUUCUAGGUCUUUGAAAACAUGCACCAUUAUUUUCUUUGCCCCACGUCUGGGUUGUACGGUUAUUCUAGGUGUCUUUUUCUUUUAUUUGAAGCUCAUCUUUUUGUGGGAGUCCCAGACAUGAUGAUUAGAUUGAGAUUUACCAGUGUUCCCCCAAGUUAUGCUUCAAAUCUGUAUUGGGCUUUGUUGAAAAGGAAAUAAAACACUUCUUUUUAAGAAA